UUUCACCUAUUUAUUGCAUUCACAAUACGCAUUUUGUUACAGUUUCUGGUUUUUGUGGUGGUGGUUUCGAACACGUAUAAGUUUAUAUUUUCAUAAUGAUAUCUCUUCGUGCCGUAUCUAUUGCAAGAAGCAUGACCCGAUCCGCAUUGUGUUCAUCUGCAUGCACCCAACAAUACAUAAUCAAGUCUCCAAGCCAGCGGAAAAGAGGAUUUUCAUUAAAUUCUAUAAACAUGGUCGACCCAAGGAGAGUUGUGAGUUUUGAUGAUAUAUCCAAGUACACACAGCAAUCGGACAAGGUGAUCAUUGACGUCCGUAAUCCUGAUGAGGUUGCCAGUACUGGAAAAAUACCAUCGAGCAUCAAUAUUCCAUUGGGCAAUGUCGAGUCUGCAUUAAAAUCGAUGUCAGAUGAGCAGUUCAGACAGCAUUAUCAACGUAAUAAGCCCCAGCCUUCCAGUGAAUUAAUAUUCUAUUGUAAAUCCGGCAAACGGGCAAGCCAAGCUCUAGACACAGCACUCCAGCUUGGCUAUUCAAAUUCAAAAACUUAUGUUGGAAGCUGGGACGAAUGGUCAAGCAAAUCAGGACAAAAAUAAGUAAUAAAUUGCUAGGUCUAUGUUUUGAAAAAUCGCUUUAAAAAAUUAUGGCACUUCCGUAAAUAU